CAGCUGUUUGUUGUGGAAGCCGAAAACGUUUACAAUUUUCAUAUUAGCGGAAAACAAUGGUAAAUGAUAAGAAACGUCGCUCGCGUUCGAGGGAGCGUACGGUGCGCGAUCGUCCUGCAGCUGGGGGUGCCCGGGAACGGGACUGGGACAGGGACCGCGCCAGGGAGCGCCAAUACGAACGGGAGAGGGAGAAGGACAGACGCCAGCGGCGUUCGCGUUCCCGGGAGGACCGCGGCAGGCGCCGCUCCCCCGAUCGCCCUAGGCCCAGGGAUAAUGUGAGGGAGCGCUCCAGAGAAAGAGGGUCAGGAGGCGGAGGCUUCCAGGAUAAAAAAGCCAAGUUGGACAUAACCGACUCAUCGUCGAAGCCCUUAAUCGUAAGCGAUGAUGAUAUGAACGAUGAAAAACAGGACCUGAAGCUGAAAAAGGAGCCCCUUUCCUUGGAGGAACUUCUGGACAAAAAGAAAAAAGAGGAGCAGGCCCGGAGCAAGCCAGUUUUCCUCACCAAAGAGCAGAGGGCUCAGGAGGCGCUCAAGCGGCGUCAGGAGGAGGUGGAGCGGCUGAGGGCUGUCCAGGAGGCAGCCCGCGAACAGAUGGCCAACGCCAACAAGGUGAGCAUCUCCAUGGGCACGGCUAUGGCCUCCGGAGCCCCGCCGCCGGCCGUAGCAGCUCCUCCGCCCAAGCCAGACCGCAGAGAGAGGGGCAGGGAUCGUGGCGACAGAGGCGACAGGGGCGAUAGAGGGGGAGACGAAAAGCGCACCGAAGAACUGACCCACAAGGAUAAAGAGAAGGAACUGGAAGCCAUUCGGGAACGAUACCUGGGAAUCAUAAAGAAGAAGAGGCGCGUUCGCCGCCUCAACGACCGCAAAUUCGUUUUUGACUGGGAUGCCGGCGAAGACACGUCCAUCGACUACAACAAUCUGUACAAGGAGCGUCACCACGUCCAGUUCUUCGGCAGGGGAAAUGUGGCAGGCAUCGAUAUCAAGGAGCAAAAGCGCACUCAGAGCAAGUUUUAUGGAGAUCUUCUCGAGAAGAGGCGGACAGAGGCCGAGAAGGAGCAGGAGAAGGUGCGCUUGAAGAAGAUGAAGCGCAAGGAGGACAAACAGAAGUGGGAUGAUCGUCACUGGUCCGAAAAGGACAACGACGAAAUGACCGAGCGAGAUUGGCGUAUCUUCCGGGAGGACUACAAUAUCACCAUCAAGGGCGGCAAGAUCCCCAAUCCGAUCCGGAGCUGGAGCGAAUCUGGUUUCCCCAGGGAGAUCAUCGACAUCAUUGACAAGGUCGGCUACAAGGAACCCACACCCAUUCAGAGGCAGGCUAUUCCCAUUGGUCUGCAGAAUAGAGACAUCAUCGGCGUGGCUGAGACGGGAUCCGGUAAAACACUGGCCUUCCUCAUCCCUCUUCUGUCCUGGAUCCAAUCGCUGCCGAAGAUCGAGCGUCUGGAGGAUGUGGAUCAGGGUCCAUAUGCCAUAAUUAUGGCACCCACUCGUGAGCUGGCGCAGCAAAUCGAGGAGGAGACAACCAAGUUUGGGCAACCCCUGGGCAUCCGCACUGUGGUGGUCGUGGGAGGUCUCUCUCGCGAGGAGCAGGGCUUCCGCCUCCGCUUGGGCUGCGAAAUAGUCAUCGCCACGCCGGGUCGUCUCAUUGAUGUGCUGGAAAAUCGGUAUCUCGUGCUGAACCAGUGCACGUACAUCGUCCUCGACGAAGCUGAUCGCAUGAUAGACAUGGGCUUCGAGCCGGACGUUCAGAAAAUCCUGGAGUACAUGCCUGUCUCCAACCUCAAGCCCGACACUGAGGAGGCCGAGGACGAGAACAAGCUGAUGGAGAACUUCUACACCAAGAAGAAGUACCGCCAAACGGUGAUGUUCACGGCUACUAUGCCUCCGGCUGUGGAGAGACUGGCGCGAUCCUAUCUGCGGCGACCGGCCACGGUCUACAUCGGAUCCGUGGGCAAGCCGACGGAACGCACGGAACAGAUCGUGUACAUGAUGGGCGAGAACGACAAGCGCAAGAAGCUCAUGGAGAUCCUCUCGCGCUCCAUCGAUCCACCGGUUAUUAUUUUCGUCAACCAGAAAAAGGGUGCCGACGUCCUGGCCAAGGGAUUGGAGAAACUGGGCUACAACUCCUGUACGUUGCACGGUGGCAAGGGCCAGGAGCAGCGUGAAUACGCUUUGGCCGCGCUCAAGUCCGGCGCAAAGGACAUUCUGGUGGCCACCGAUGUUGCCGGUCGUGGUAUCGACAUCAAGGACGUCUCCCUGGUCAUCAACUACGACAUGGCCAAGUCCAUCGAGGACUACACGCAUCGUAUCGGUCGUACGGGUCGUGCUGGCAAGAACGGUGUGGCCAUAUCCUUCGUCACCAAGGACGACAGCGCCCUGUUCUACGACCUGAAGCAGUGCGUCACAGCCAGUCCGGUGUCGGUGUGCCCGCCAGAGCUCAUGAAUCACCCCGAGGCGCAGCAUAAGCCGGGCACUGUGGUCACCAAGAAGCGCAGGGAAGAGAAGAUAUUCGCCUAGAAGGUUGGCCGUCAAACAUUAACAAAUGAAUUUAGGCUUAAGAUAAAGUAAAAUAAAGUUGGAUCGGCACUAGGCAUCCAAAUUAUCCUUUUGAAAAGAA